AGCAAUCGAGAGACAGUCAUUGUGGAGAAGCGCUGUAGUUACAAACGGCGUUUUUAACAUUGUUUUAACGGAUUUUUAAAGCAGUUUUAUUGUUUUAUCUCAAACGUUAACCUAGCUGUGUACCAUGCCAUCCAGGACUUCCCUGUCUUUGCCAGAGGAUGUCAGGAAAAGGCUGCAGGUGCUGGGCGAGGAUGGAGAUUCGGAGGAGGAUCAUGUGAAAGAGAAACUCAAGUUGGUUCAGGACUUCCUGCAUGUUGAUGCUCAAGAUCAACUGACCAGCCUGGAAGACAAGAUGAACAAAUCCGAGAUCUCAAUGGAGAUCUACAUCUCUAAAGUAAAGGCCUUGCUGGGAAAAGAGCUUCAUCUUGAAAAGGGCUCUCAUGUGGAUGACGUGGAGCAGAAUGGAAAGACGAAUGGCUCGUCAAAUGGUUCCCAAAAAGAUGAGAACACUGAAGAUGUAACCAUGGAUGUACAGGAGGAAGAGGAGGCUGUCAAGUCACCAACUGCCUCCAAAGGGAAGGGAGGCCGUAAGAGCAAAGCAAAUUCUGACACUAAAAAGUCUCCAGCCAGCUCCAGGGUUACAAGAAACUCUGGAAAACAGCCAACCAUCCUGUCGAUGUUCUCUAAAGUUCAGAAGCGCAAGUCUGAAGACUUGAAUGUCGAAGCUACUAAUGGACAAAAAUCUACAAAUGGACAAAAGGAAGUUACGGAAGAGGAUGUUGAGGAGGUCCAGGAGGAGAAACGUCUGAAAGUGGAAUCAGAUGAAAAAUCUGCUCCAGACAAAUUGACGACUGAAACAACUACGCCAGUUUCUGCUGCAAAGACACCACCACCCAAAUGUACAGACUGCAGACAAUACUUGGAUGACUCUGACCUUAAGUUCUUUCAGGGGGAUCCUGAUAAUGCGCUGGAUGAACCAGAAAUGUUAACAGAUGAGCGCCUCUCCCUGUUUGACUCUAAUGAGGAUGGAUUUGAGAGCUAUGAUGAUCUGCCACAGCACAAGAUCACAAACUUCAGCAUUUAUGACAAGCGGGGCCACCUUUGUCCGUUUGACUCUGGCCUGAUUGAGAAGAAUGUGGAGCUCUACUUCAGCUGUGUGGUCAAACCCAUCUAUGAUGACAACCCUUGCUUGGAUGGCGGGGUUCCUUCCAAGAAGCUUGGACCCAUCAAUGCCUGGUGGAUCACUGGUUUUGAUGGUGGAGAAAAAGCCUUAAUUGGUUUUACUACAGCUUUUGCCGAUUACAUCCUGAUGCAGUCCAGUGAGGAGUAUGCUCCCAUAUUUGCUGUGAUGCAGGAGAAGAUCUAUAUGAGCAAGAUAGUGGUGGAGUUCCUUCAGAAGAAUCGUGAUGCUAGUUAUGAGGACCUUCUCAACAAGAUUGAGACCACCGUGCCUCCUGCGGGGCUGAACUUCAACCGCUUCACAGAGGACACGCUGCUGCGCCACGCCCAGUUUGUGGUGGAGCAGGUGGAGAGCUACGAUGAGGCCGGGGACACUGAUGAGCAGCCAAUCGUAGUUACUCCCUGCAUGAGGGACCUGAUCAAACUCGCCGGAGUCACUCUGGGAAAGAGCAUGCUGCUGUACUGGAGAGCUGCCAGAAGACAGUCCAUUCGUCACCCUACAAAGAUCGAGAAAGACAAGGGACCAACUAAGGCGACCACUACCACGCUGGUGUACCAGAUCUUUGAUACCUUCUUCUCUGAUCAGAUAGAGCAGAAUGAUAAAGAAAAUGGUGGGGUCAAGAGACAGCGCUGUGGCGUCUGUGAGGUAUGCCAAUCUCCUGACUGUGGAAAGUGUCCAGCUUGCAAGGACAUGAUCAAGUUUGGUGGAAGUGGCAAAAGCAAGCAGGCUUGUAAGCAGAGAAGAUGCCCAAACCUUGCCGUAAAGGAGGCUGAGGAUGAUGAGACCAUUGAAGAGGAAGAGUUUCCUGUGAAGGCCAAAAAGGUUACUAAAGUCAAGAGGAAGAAGCAGGCCCAGUGCAAGCUGUCGUGGAUCGGAGAGCCAGCGCAGGUGUGUUACUUCUCCUAA